AUGGCUCUUAUAAAAGCAAAGGAUCGGGUAAAAGGCCUAAUCAAAACAAAAAUAGUUCUUGGAGCAAAUAAGAAUGGUGAUAAAUUAGUUGUAAGAUCAAUCAUAAAUGAUCAUAAUCAUGUAAUAGUUCCAGAGACUUUUCAACACACAUCACAGCAAAGAAAAUUAUGCGAGGAAGAGAAACAACAAGCUGAGUUGAUGAUCGGUAUGGGAGCCAAUCCCACUAAGGUGAAAGAGUAUCUUUCGCAGAGCUUCUUUUACCCCGAGCUUUUAAAUCAAGAGGUCGACCAAAAGGAGGCAUGCCUAACCUGUUUAGGCAUGCCUUCAAAACAUUGCAAAUCUAUAUCUUUUGCUUCGAAGCCAACAAGAGAAAAGCAAAAACUGAUAUUACAAUGGUUAUUUGGUAGUGGACAAGAUUAUAAUAUUAGCAAUAUUCAAUCAGUACCAAGUCAGUUCUUAGAUGGACAAGUACAAGAAUGUCUAUAUUUAUUGAAAGAUUUUUUAGAUCUAAAUGUUUUGAAAGAAAUGAUAAAUAAAUGUUCCAAUGAAGAAUGGAUGUGUGGAACCUGUAGCAAUGAUCUUAGGGAUGUUCGAAGUGUUUCCUGUGAUUCCUGUCUCAAGUGGUUCCACUUUUCUUGUGCAGGCAUCAAAAGGCCUCCAAGUAAAAAAGAAUGGUUUUGUAAAGCAUGCAGGAAAUAA